GUGAACAGCGAGUUCGUGAGAUCGAAGACGCCCGAGCUCCACGCCCGGAGCGGAGGAUGCAGAGGGAAACUCUCGAAGAUCCUCCAAAGCACGCAGCUCAUGAACGUCAUGGCCCUGGUCAUCCUCGUGGAUGCAUGCGUGACGGUUGUAGACGUCGACUCGCGCGCAAAUGGCAGCUCGGCGCCGCGCGCCGUGCUGCUCCUAUCCGACCUCUGCCUCUGCAUGUACACGGCCGAGCUUCUGGCCAUGAUCUACGUCGGUGGACCGCGUAUCUUUCUGAGUUGGAGCCCAUUGCUGGACUUGAUCAUCGUGAUGUGCGGCUAUGCCGAGAUCUUGAUGUCGCAGAUGCUACCUCCCGAAGAGGUUGGCAAGAUGAGUCUCCUGCGUGCCCUGCGCUUGGUGCGCAUCAGUAGGUUGAUGCGUUUGUUGCGGAAGAGCCGAUCCUUGAAAGAGCUACAGAAGCUGGCGAUUAUGAUGUCGACCUGCUUCAAGGCUCUUCUCUGGUCCUUCCUCCUCUGCUUCGUGGUCAUGACUCUUUGGGCUAUGUUGAUGGUUGAAAUGUUACACCCGCUGAUCCACUCAAACCCGGAUUUUGCGGGCUGUGGCGACUUGUGCUUCGACGCCACGUCUUCGGUCAUGCGGGCAAAUUUGCUGCUUUUCCAGACCGUGAUCGCUGGCGACAGUUGGGGCACCAUUGCGGUUCCCUUGAUAUUGAAACACCCAGAGACCUCCAUCAUUUUCAUGGGCUCCCUCCUCACCUUGGUCUUUGGCGUCCUUAACCUCAUCGUGGCCGUGGUGAUUGACAUGUUCGCGGAAGCCAGGGAGCGUGACAUGGUCAAUCUGGCAGAGGAGCUGGAGUACGAGCUCGAGGACGACAAGAAGUACCUGCAGAGGCUUUUCGACAGAAUGGACUCCAACAACGACGGCGAGCUCGCUUUCGAGGAGCUCAUUGCGGGCGCGUCUAAAGACCCCGAAUUCAUGAGCCGUCUUCGGGUCAUGGACAUCGACCAGGCUGACCUGCAGAUGCUUUUCGACAUGGUCGACAUCAAUGGGGACGGAAUGAUCCAGCCCUCGGAGUUCAUCGGGCCCCUGAGCCGCUGGGCCAGGGACUCUAAAACCGCGCCGCGGUUCGUGAAGUAUAACCUCAUGAAGAUGCAGGCGCAGCAAGAGGAGCUCUUUUAUAUGGCCGACUUCUACCUUCGAAGUCUUUCGGACCGCGUCGACUCCCUGGCUGCUUGGCAGCCCCGUGGUACCCUUGUCCCUCUUUGGGUUGGUUCAGGUUUGACCCCUCUCUAA